CAUCCAUCCCAUGGCGACCAACGCGUUCUCGUCGCCGGCGACGGGGAGGACACCGAACCCCAAGGCCGCGCCGUCCCCUUCCACCAGACGGGCCGCAGAUUCGGUGGCGGCGGCCGCUGCUGCCGCGGCAGCGUCGGACUCGAAGGCGCGGUUCGAGGCGUACAACCGGUUGCAGGCCGCGGCGGUGGCGUUCGGCGAGAAGCUCCCGAUCCCCGAGAUUGUGGCCAUCGGCGGCCAAUCGGACGGGAAGAGCUCCCUCCUGGAGGCCCUCCUCGGCUUCCGCUUCAACGUCCGCGAGGUCGAGAUGGGGACCCGCCGCCCCCUCGUCCUCCAGAUGGUCCACGACCCCACCGCCCUCGAUCCACGGUGCCGCUUCCAGGUGUGUGUGCCUCUUCUUCCCGUAGGGUUCGCCCUCCUCGCCUCUCUCAUGUCAAGCCUAGUCGAGCGAAAGGUUCAUCAGCCUGGUUUGUUUCAGGAGGAGGACUCGGAGGAGUACGGGAGCCCCAUGGUUCUGGCCACAGCCAUCGCCGACCUCAUCAAGCAGCGGACUGAGGCUCACCUCAGGAAGAUUCAGGCCGCAGUCUCGUCCAAGCCCAUCGUCAUGAGGGCGGAGUACGCUUACUGUCCCAACCUCACCAUCAUUGACACUCCAGGUUUCGUGCUUAAGGCUAAGAAAGGUGAGCCAGAGAGUACUCCAGAAGAGAUUUUGUCAAUGGUGAAGUCACUAGCGAGCCCACCCCACCGCCUCCUUCUGUUCCUCCAGCAAAGCAGUGUUGAGUGGUGCUCGUCACUCUGGUUGGAUGCUAUUAGAGAUAUUGAUCCCACUUUCAGGCGCACAAUGAUCGUCAUCUCCAAGUUUGAUAACCGUCUCAAGGAAUUUACGGAACGUUGGGAGGUCGAUAGCUACUUGAGCGCAAGUGGGUAUCUGGGGGAUAAUAUACACCCAUUCUUCGUGGCUCUUCCAAAGGAUCGUGGAACAAUCUCCAAUGAAGAGUUCCGGAGGCAAAUUUGCCAGGUUGAUAUCGAUGUGUUGCGUCACUUGAGAGACAGUGUUAAGGGUGGCUUCAAUGAAGAGAAAUAUGGACCAUACAUUGGGUUCAGCUGUCUCAAGAAGUACCUGGAAUCUGAACUUCAGAAGAGGUACAAAGAAGCAGCUCCAGCAACCCUGGCAUUGUUAGAGCAGAGAUGCAGUGAAGUCUCAAUGGACCUAUCCAGACUGGACUCCAAAUUGGAAGCUACAUCUGAUGUCUCUCAGCUGAGAAGAUCAGCUAUGCUUCAUGCUGCUAAUAUCUGCACGCAUUUGCGUGCACUACUUGAUGGAGCAGCUGAUCCAGCACCAGAGCUAUGGGGGAAAACUACAGAAGAGGAACAAAUGCAUAGUGGUAUAGGCAGCUGGCCUGGCAUUAACAUAUCUGUAAAACCUCCCAACUCGAGUCUUAAGUUAUAUGGCGGUGCAGCUUUUGAAAGAGUAAUGCAUGAGUUCCGCUGUGCAACAUACUCAAUGGAGUGCCCACAAGUUUCAAGGGAGAAGGUUGCAAACAUACUACUUGCCCAUGCUGGAAGAGGUGGGAGUAGUGGGUUGACUGAGGCAGCAGCCGAGAUAGCACGUGCAGCCGCACGAUCAUGGCUUGCUCCUCUUAUUGAUACAGCAUGUGAUCGUCUGGCAUUUGUCCUACAAAGUCUAUUUGACCUAGCAAUGGAGCGAUGCCGCUAUCAAGACUCAAAAUAUCACCAAAAUGUUGAAGACAUGGAUGGAUAUGUCGGCUUCCUUGCUGCUCUCCGCUGUUCAUACUAUAAGUUUGUCAAGGACUUGUCCAAGCAAUGCAAACAGAUAGUGCGGCAUCACCUUGAUUCAGUUACAAGUCCCUACUCCCAUAUUUGUUAUGAGAACGAUUUCCUUAGUGGUGUUGGGUCUGUAGCAAACUCCAUGCACAGGUUUAACCACUUCCCGGGAGUCACAUCUUUUGACCUAUCAGACAGUGGUUCUGCCCUUGAAGAAGCUCAGGAGAAUGUGCCACCAAAGGAUCAUCAACAUAUGACACCACCUGCUAAAGGAAAUGAGCCAAAGGAAGUUCUGAGAGAAAGCCAGCUGACGGUUCCUGAGACACCUUCUCCUGAUCUUCCAGUUGAUAUGAAUGGUGGUAAGAAGAAAGACAACGGGAACUUGAAUGAUGGUGGUGCAAGAAAAAGACAUGCAAGGAUGGCAGCAUAUGCAAACAGGAAUCAUCAUAACAAUGUGGUUGGUGCUGAUGAUCUUGGCUCAAAACAAGGGUCAUCGUACUCGAGCAUAUGCUCAAUAUCUGCUCAGUAUUUCGCCAAAAUGCGAGAAGUCCUAAUUGAAAGGAAUGUACCCUCCGCAUUGAACUCUGGAUUCCUGACCCCCUGUCGUGAGCGGUUGUUUUUGGCACUUGGCUUCGAGCUGUUUGCUGUCAACGACGAUAGGUUCAUGGACAUGUUCGUGGCACCUGGUGCAGUUGAUGCUAUCCAGAACGAGCGUCAAUCUCUGCUGAAACGUCAAAAGAUUCUGUUGUCCUGUUUGAAUGAGUUUAAGAACAUAUCUCGGACCCUGUAACGGAGAUCUUUUCUGGAUGAUAGAUCGGAGUUCUUGGUGAGUUUCUGUUUCUGUUCGGCAUUCUUUCGCCCCAUGCUUCUGUCGUUAUUACAAGUAGUUUCUGUUGUCAAAUUCCUUAUUGACAUGUUGUACCUCUUCUCAUGUGUUCAACAUUGAUAGCCUACUUGCUAGAAAAUUGGCUAUGAUUGGCAAAUAUAGAUUAAAA